AUGGGUCUCUUGGAAUCGGUGAAAUCGAUCAACUGGGAACACGAAUCGUUCCCAACAUACCAAGAUUUUGGGUUUUUGCCUCUCUUUGCAGUGUUCUUCCCUUCAAUUCGGUUUCUUCUCGAUAGAUUCGUCUUCGAGAAAGUGGGAAAGCUUUUGAUCAAUGGAAGGCAGAGUGACAAGACAAAAGAGUGGAAGAAGAAUAGUAGAAAAGUUCGAAAAUUCAAAGAAUCAGCUUGGAAGUGUAUCUACUACCUCUCAGCUGAGCUACUUGCUUUGUCUGUGUCGUAUAAUGAGCCUUGGUUCACAGAUACACUCUACUUCUGGAUUGGUCCUGGAGAUCAGAUUUGGCCUAAUCAACAGAUGAAGAUAAAGUUGAAGUUUUUAUACAUGUUCACUGCUGGUUUCUACACUUACUCUAUCUUCGCGUUGGUGUUUUGGGAAACAAGACGGUCUGAUUUCGGAGUCUCGAUGGGUCAUCACAUCACUACUCUUAUUCUCAUCGUCCUCUCCUACAUUUGCAGAUUCUCGCGAGCUGGUUCGAUCAUUCUUGCGCUCCAUGAUGCGAGCGAUGUGUUUCUUGAAGUUGGGAAGAUGUCAAAGUAUAGUGGAGCUGAGGGUAUAGCGAGCUUUUCGUUUGUUCUUUUCGCGUUGUCUUGGGUCGUUCUUCGUCUCAUUUACUAUCCUUUUUGGAUCCUUUGGAGCACAAGCUAUCAGAUUAUAAUGACAGUGGACAAGGAGAAGCAUCCGAUAGAAGGACCGAUCUAUUACUACAUGUUCAAUACGCUUCUGUUUUGCUUGCUUGUUCUUCAUAUCUUCUGGUGGGUUUUGAUCUACCGGAUGCUUGUGAAACAAGUACAGGACCGAGGCAAGCUUAGCGAAGAUGUCAGAUCAGAUUCUGAAAGCGAAGAUGAACAUGAAGAUUGA